GGCCGCCCACCGUGUGCGCAUGCGCAGUAGUCUCCCACAUGUCGCCUUGAACCCGGAAGUAAAUAUUUGAAGGCGUAAACACGUGGAUUGCUGAGCUCGCAAGUCGAUGAAAUAACAGCAUUAUAAGUCAUGGGCAAAUCCAAGCAGGUGGGCAACCACAAAAAUGGCAAAAAGAAGAACAUUGCAAAGACAUGGAAGACAAAGAGAAGGACUAAGGACCUGGACCAGAUCCACACUGACAUGAUCCCUGCCAAUGCAGCCAAACUGCUGAAGCAGGAAGUGGACUAUGACGUCACAGGCUUCGCUCAGCACUACUGCCUGCACUGCGCGCGCUACUUUGUUGACCUGAAGACCCUGAAGGAGCAUUUCAAGACCAAAGUCCACAAAAAACGGUUGAAGGAGCUGAGAGAGGAGCCGUACACUCAGGCCGAGGCGGAGAGAGCGGCAGGAAUGGGCUCGUACGUCCCGCCUAAAAAGGUGGAAGUGCACACGCAGCAGGUGGAGGAGGACAUGGAGUGAACGUCGUCUGUCGUCUCAACACCACUGAAGCAUGAAGAUCUACAUUUAUCCACAUUUUUACCUAAAAAAUAUUAGCUACCCAACAGUACCUCAUGUCAGUGUCUGACUUUCUUAAGACGCCUUCUCCAAGACGUACACAGAUAACUGUCCUCACAUCCUCAUAAAGUUGUUUACUCAAGCAUAAGGCUUGUCCGGCUUUAAAUUAUUUUUAACAUGGAAGAGCUGGUGUAGGAUUACAGCAGGAUUCGGAUAAUUAACCGUUUUAUUCAUAGUGUUGAGUGUUAAAGCACUACACAGUGUAUUAUCAGGUGUAUUAUAGUGCUGAAAAGCCUGAGCUGUUUAGUGCACUGACUGAGAAGCUCCUGAUUGGCAAUUUACCUGUCAAUCAAAUCCCACAGUAACACACUGAUGUGGUGUGUGUGAGCACUGGUGGUUUAUUGUGUGUGUGUGUGUGAGGAUUUGACUGGACUGUGACCACAAACGGCUCCAUAUGUAAAUUCAUAUGUAAAUAAAUUGUGAUAUCACAGUUA